CUAAAAAAAACGGGGAAAUUCAAACUUUUUCUGACCUUUGACCUCCCUAAAUUUCUUCCCAUCGACCCAUUGCAAAAGAAAUAUGAUACGCUGUCACUUUUACAAGCGUACGGUUUUGUUUUGAAUUCUUUCGGCGCCACGAUAGACGUCGACUGGCAAUGACGAUUUUAGUUUUACGGUAGGAAAAUGUUUUGCGUUUUUUUCCAGUCGGAAUUCCAUGAUUUUUGUGUAUUUUUUGGGUCACGUAACUAUAAUAACAGUUGAUAUUGUGCAGAAAUUGCGAAACUUGUCCACAUGCAUGUAUUCUUUUCACAGGAUACUUUUGUACUUGAAUAAAUUUCUGCCUAAUUACUGGAAUAAUGUUAUUUUGAGCAGACACAUUUUUGGAUCGGUCUGCAGCCAGUGAGAAUGGAUUUGGACAUGCAGUGGGAUUGAAUAAAACCCAAAGUAUCCUUUUUGUCUAAAGAAGAAGAACACCUGGCAGCUACGCCUUCGAUUGACUUCCCUUGCGGGCACUGCAAGCCAAUCGUGGAGGAAAAACGUAAGUCCAAAACCCUUCUUUCGCCACGCGCCUAAUAUGAAGUCACCCAGAUGGAAUGCGGCACUUUUUAGACGAUGUGACUCAAGGGCUCAGCGGACUAUAGGAGUUUGUGAUGACGUGCGCCCUCCCGGUGCAGUUUGAAGAAGCGAAGCAAACACCAGCGAUUCCAUUUCUCGGUUCCAACUUCCAAGAGUUUAUUUUGUGGCGUAACUUCAAGCACUUUAUCCAAAUAAAAGUAAGAAACUCCAAAAUGAAACCAACAAAAUGAGUAUAUUUCCCUUUCCAGCACAAUGCACUAAGCCACAGUCAAAAACUUUUUGCCCCGCUUACCUACCAACCCCUGGGACAUGAUUAGCUGUCAUUUGAAGCCAACCACGGUUGACUCCGGGUCAGUGGAAAUACACAAUUGACAGCCUCUAGUGGCAAGGAGUAAAACUACAAAUAAUACAAAUCAGGAAUAUGGCUCAUACAUACUGUACACUUUUUGCUCGGGAUGGGACCAAAGCCUACAUUUCUCACGAAUAUCAACCUAAUGAAUUGAUACGCUAAAUCAGGGGUGCUCGUCACGUCCAUCUAGUGUGGGUAGCUCGCAACAUCCCCCCCAAAACCCCAACUUUUUUAAAAUCAAGUAGUUCAUUAUGUUGCGUGAGCAACAUAUGAGGUUAUGCAGCACCCGUUUCUGGUUCUAUAGUUUCCAGCAGAGUUCACUACAUUUCCCACAGUUUAAUUGCCAUUAACAAUGGAAGACACAAACGGUAGAACACUUCUCUCUAAGCAGCUUCCUACUCGAGUUUUGCAGGGUUCACACAGUUGAAUGUUAUGCUAACUCUGAUGCAGGUCGGGCUGUCAGUAACAAAAUAAGUGGCGUUUCCCACCUCCGCAACAUUGGUGUCUUUUUAAAUGACUUACAAUGGCUGCUGCUGGCCAGAAAAAAAACAAAAAACUUUUAACAUCUCUCGUCUUCGAAGGGGGCAGAGGAGGCGACGUGUUGUCGACAAGUAUUUCUGUCGGGGCCGUGCACGCUAUCCUUAUGUAAUUCUAUCCUUGCAACAUAUGGGAAGACAAUCUAAAUGACCUGUAAAACUGAACUUAUUAUGUCAUGCAGAUAAGGUUCCAUCCUGAAAAGUUGGUCGUGUCCCGAUGCAAACCUACGCCCUUGCAGUGACUUUAGGACAGGGGUCGCCAACCUUCUCCCCAAAGGCCCAGUGUGGGUGCAGGGUUUCAUUCCAAGCAGACGAACGACAACACUUUUUCACCAAUCUGAUGUUUGACAUGAAGUGCAAUCAGUCGAUUGCAGUCAGGUGCUGCUUGUUUGACCAGAAACCUGAUUGGUUCAACUAUCCGCGCUGGAUCGGCAGGAACAAAACCCACCAGGCACAGCGGGUCUUUGAGGACAGGGUCGGAGACCGCCGCUUUAGGAGACGUCCGAUCGGUUGGGAUCGGACGUCAACGGCGGUCGACGAGCCGAGUGAGUAUUCGCUCGUUUUGUAUUCAACACUCCGAUUCAAUUUUGGUCACGGGAAGAAUGCCGCUUCCGAAACAAAAAUCGAUGACGAAAAAGUGACCCCAUGCCAAUCCGCGACGCCCGCUUUGAGAGGAUAAACAAAUUGUAAGCGUUCUCCAAAACGAGCGAGUACCGGCUGGAGUCGUCGGCCGCUCGACGUCCGGUCCGUCGGAAGCGGGAGGCGAUCGGACGUCGACUCGCGGCGGAAAUUCCCGCGCGCUACUUGAGCGGUCGCGGUUUUGCCACUCAGCCAAGUGCGAGGAGAUGCAGCUUUCGUACUGCGAGGACGCGGGCUACACGCACACGCUCUUCCCCAACACCCUCGGGCACGCCAGCCGCCAGGAGGCGGAGAGCGGCGUGGAGUACCUGCUCUUGAGCGUGCUGGAGUCGUUGCUGGGCGGCGAGUGCCACGUCGAGGCGCGGGCGCUCGGCUGCUCCGUGCUGGCGCCGCCCUGCCGGGACGACCGGGCGCUGAAGCCGUGCCGGCGGGCCUGCGAGGCCGCCCGAAAACGCUGCGUGCACGCUUUCGAGGGCAUCCGGAUGGCCUGGCCUUACUUCCUGGACUGCGACCGAUUCUUCGCCGCCGACGAAGAGGGAUGCUACGACCCGCUGCGGGACCUCGCGGCACGAGAUGACGAAGCGAUCUCUGACUUUCCCCUGCCGGAACCGGUGCCGAAAAUCAAAUUCGCCUAUCUGUCCAACGCUCAGACCGACGGCGUCCUGAAGCGGACGGAGCGGGAAUGCGCCGACAUCUCCAGAACCUACGGCAUCGGCCGCAGCGCCGAGGGCAGGGAACUGCUGGUCAUCGAGUUCUCCGACAGUCCCGGCCGACACGAGUUGCUGGAGCCGGAGAUAAAGCUGAUCGGCAACGUUCACGGAGACGAGGCGGCGGGCCGCCAGCUGCUGGUCUACUUGGCGCAGUACCUGUGCUCCGAGUAUCGCCUGGGCAACGAGCGCGUGCGCACGCUGGUCAACACCACCCGUAUCCACAUACUGCCUUCCGUCAACCCCGACGGCUACGAGGCGGCGCUUUCCGGACAGCGGGACGCCGGCGGCGGCUACGAAGACGACGACGGUCAAACGGGUCGCGGCUACGGCCGGAGCGACGUGGGCCGGAACAACGGUCAGAACAUCGACCUGAACAGAAACUUUCCCGAUCUGACUUCCGUAGUUUACGGCCGUCGACGCCAAAAGGGCUACCGCACCGACCACGUCCCCAUCCCGGACCACUACUGGUUCGGCAAGGUCGCGCCAGAGACCUACGCCGUGAUGAAAUGGAUCCGCUCCAUCCCGUUCGUGCUGUCGGCUAACUUUGCCGGCGGCGACCUGGUGGUGUCCUACCCCUACGAGCGCUCCAAGCACCCUCUGGAUCUGAACCUCUUUUCCCCGACGCCGGACGACAAGGUAUUCAAGUUUCUGGCCAGAAGCUACGCGAGCACGCACGAAACCCUGAACUACGGGGACGCCCGCUGCGGCUCGGCUUCGGCGCGCAGUCAUCGAGGAACGGUGAACGAAGCGCAGCGCUCCGCCAACGCCGGAGGCAUGCAAGACUUCAACUACCUCCACACCAACUGCUUCGAAGUGACCGUGCGGCUGGGAUGCGAGAAAUUCCCGCCCGAGGAGGAUUUGUUCAACAUCUGGCACGAAAACCAAGAGUCCAUGAUGUCCUUUAUGGAAACGGUAAGCGUCGGCCACUCACCUUUUGUCCGCCAUUUUGACCACAGAAGAAAAUGUCCUCAGGUCCAUCGAGGCAUCAAAGGGAUCGUAAGAGAUGCGGAGGGAAACGGAAUAAAAGGUGCCAGGGUAUCGGUGCGAGGAAUACGCCAUGAUAUUACAGCAGCUGAAAACGGCGAAUACUGGCGCCUCCUCAGCCCGGGCAUCCACAUCGUGUCGGCGUGGGCGCCCGGUUUCUCCCGAGCGGCCAAGAAAAUCCACCUGCCUCCCGCCAUGCACUCGGCGGGCCGCGUGGACUUUAUUCUGGAGAGGGCGGAGCCGGAGCCCGGCCGGCAGGAGGAGGAGGACGCCGCCGCCGUCGCCGCCUACGAGCGCUUCGACCCCAACGACCAGUACGAACGCUACCUCCGGACGGAAGUGAGCCAACGCGCCCCGGAGAGCAGGCUGGAGAAACCCUGGUGGUGGAACUACUUUGUCCUACCGGGGGCGCCCUCGCCCCUUUGGCUGCUCUUGAAGCGCUAGUUGUCACGCUUUUGCUCCUUCUUUCAACGUCAACUUGUACAGUCGGCGUUUGUUUCAGACUUACAUGCGCAUACUGUAGGUGACAACCUGCCAUUCUGCCAACAUUUUUUCCGCCAGUUUGACCCUGACCCAAACUCUUUGAAUGCAUUUGAGUUUUUAUUAAAAGUCACUCAGCUAUAUUUGUU